AUCCUCAACUUUCCACUGCAAGAGAGUGGACGUCACUGCGCACCGACGCUUUUAGGGAACGAGUUAUGAGACGCGGUCUUUUCCAUUUUAAUGGUAAAUGUAUCGCACUCGUCCGUUUAUAGCAGUGGGUCUGUGGUGUGUAGCGCGGAACCUCUCAGAAAAGAAAGGAUUUGAUGCAGCAGAAACAGCCGAUGCCAUCUGAUGAUGCAGCACGGCCGGGUGCGGUUCCGGAGGCUGCGGACUCGGCCCUGCGUGAAGACGCGCAGCCUCACGAUUCCCCUGGAAAACACGCCGUGUCCGUUCUGUGGGCAUUUGGGAAAUGCAUCGGUGCCUUACUGCCGGUGUACCUGGCCGGAUAUUUUGGAUUCAGUAUCAGCUUAGUAUUGCUCGGUCUUCUGGCAUAUACUGGAUGGAAACACAGUCGCGAUGGAAAACAAGCGCGACUUCAAAGCGCGAUGUGCUUUUUGGAGAAUGAGCAGGAUGCCACAACUACACGGGUGUUUAGAAGUAAACGGGACUUACCGGCAUGGGUGAGCUUUCCUGACGUGGAAAAGGUUGAGUGGAUGAACAAGAUAUUGCAGCAGGCCUGGCCGUUCAUUGGACAAUAUCUGGAGAAACUUCUGGUGGAGACCAUUGCUCCUUCAAUCCGAGCCACCAGUGCUCAUCUACAAACUCUCAGCUUCACCAAAGUUGACUUGGGAGACAGGGCUAUGAAGGUAGUCGGGGUAAAGGUCUACACUGAGCAUGAUAAGCGUCAAGUGAUACUGGAUCUUUAUAUCAGCUAUGCUGGAGAUGUGGAGAUUAACGUUGAAGUGAAGAAGUACUUUUGUAAAGCUGGAGUGAAGGGUAUUCAGCUCCAUGGGAAGUUGAGGGUGAUCUUGGAACCUCUAAUUGGAGAUGUUCCUCUUAUUGGAGCCGUCACCAUGUUCUUCAUUCGCAGACCCAAUCUGGACAUCAACUGGACCGGCAUGACCAAUUUAUUAGACAUACCUGGUUUAAAUGCCAUGUCAGACACUAUGAUAAUGGAUGCCAUCGCCUCUUUCCUGGUUCUCCCCAAUCGCCUCACUGUGCCUUUGGUGCCCAACCUGCACGUAGCACAGCUCCGUUCCCCUCUUCCACGGGGUAUUGUACGGAUCCACUUGCUGGAAGCAGAGAACCUAGCUGCCAAAGAUAACUAUGUAAAAGGCAUUAUAUCUGGGAAAUCGGACCCGUAUGCAGUGCUGCGGGUGGGCACACAGACUUUCACCUCCCACCACGUUGACAACAACCUCAAUCCUCAGUGGAGGGAGAUAUACGAGGUCAUUGUUCAUGAAGUGCCUGGUCAGGAGCUCGAGCUGGAGGUGUUUGAUAAAGAUCCUGACCAGGAUGACUUUCUUGGAAGGAUAAAGCUGGAUUUAGGUAUUGUAAAGAAAGCAGUUGUUUUGGAUGAGUGGUACACUCUGAAGGAUGCACCAUCAGGUCAGGUUCAUCUCAGGCUGGAAUGGCUCUCUCUGCUGCCCUCUGCAGAGCGCCUGACUGAGGUUCUGCAGAGGAAUCAAAACAUCACAAUAUCCAGUAAGACAGCAGAUCCUCCAUCUGCUGCCAUUCUGACUGUGUACCUGGACCGGGCACAAGAUCUACCUUUUAAGAAGGGUAAUAAGGACCCCAGUCCCAUGGUGCAGGUUUCUUUGCAGGAUACGACCAAAGAGAGCAGGACGGUGUAUGGGACUAAUAAUCCAGUGUGGGAGGAUGCAUUUACAUUUUUUAUUCAGGACCCCCGCAAACAAGAUAUCGACAUCCAGGUGAAAGAUGAUGACAGGGCUUUGACUCUGGGCACUCUGUCUAUCCCACUCUCCCGUCUUCUCUCCAGCACUGAGCUAAGCAUGGAUCAGUGGUUUCAGUUGGAAAAGUCUGGACCGGCCAGCCGCAUCUACGUAACAUUUUUGUUGAGGUUGUUGUGGCUGAAUGACGAAGCAAUCCCAACCACGCCUGUGUCUCUAAUACCAGGAGAGGGGGAUAUUGAAUCUGAGGUGUCUCCAGGUGCAACAAAAUUGACCCCUACCUCCAAACGUCCCGAGCACACCAGCCCGGACAGCAGCUUUGCCUCUGAGGGUGUUCUGCGGAUCCACCUGGUAGAGGCCCAGAGUCUCAUCGCUAAGGACAAUCUAAUGGGCGGCAUGAUGAAGGGUAAGAGUGACCCUUAUGUGAAGAUCCGGGUGGGAGGAAUGGCCUACAAGAGUCAGGUCAUCAAAGAGAACCUCAACCCUGUCUGGAAUGAACUUUAUGAGGUGAUUUUGACCCAGCUUCCAGGUCAAGAGGUGGAAUUUGACCUGUAUGAUAAAGACAUUGAUCAGGACGACUUCCUUGGCAGAGUCAAAGUGAGCCUUAGAGAUCUCAUCAGUGCUCAGUUUACUGAUCAGUGGUAUACUCUGAAUGAUGUGAAGUCUGGACGUCUUCAUCUGGUGAUGGAAUGGCUGCCUAAAGUGACAGAUCCCACCAGACUUGAGCAGAUCCUGCAUUACAACUCUCGGCAGUCUUACCUGAAUAAAACUGUUCCAUCUGUCGCACUGCUGUUUGUGUAUAUUGAGAGAGCACAUGGUCUACCUUUGAAGAAGAGCGGCAAAGAGCCGAAAGCAGGAGCAGAACUCUCGAUCAAAAAUGUAUCUUACCGGACAAAAGUUUGUACUGCCUCCACUUCUCCACAGUGGGAUGAAGCUUUUCAUUUCCUGAUUCGUAAUCCAAGAGAAGACACAUUUAUUGUCAAACUCUCUCACAGUUGGGGUCAGGCUCUGGGUGCUCUUGUGCUUCCUGUGAGGCAGCUGCUGGUUGAGCAGGAUCUACUGCUGGAUUGCUGGUUCAGUCUGGAUGGAGCCAUGCCUGAGAGUCAGAUCCUGUUGAGAGCUGAACUAAAGCUCUUAGACUGUAAGUUGGCGCAGUGUAAUGAUGGCACAGCUGGUGCAGAAGAAGUGAGUCAUAUGAUCCCUAGUGGAGAGGCAGCUGCUGCAGCCAAUAGUGAGCUCAGGCACAGGAAUGUGCAUGCCCAAGGAGGUGAAGAUGGUAGUUCAAGUGGGAAAGCCCAGGUGAAGCUCUCUUUUGCCUAUUCAUCUGUGGAAAACAGAAUGGUUAUCACCAUCCAUGCCUGUAGGAACUUGCCAUCUCACUCUAAGGAUCUCCCUGACACUUACGUCACAUUCGUUCUCCUACCUGACAAGAACCGGAACACCAAAAAGAAGACCAGUGUUAAGAAGAAAAACCUCAAACCUGAGUUCAAUGAGAGAUUUGAUUUUGACAUGUCACUUGAAGAAGCUAAGCAGAGACAUCUCGAACUGUCUGUCAAAAACAGUGUUUCCUUCAUGAGUCGUGAAAAAGAACUUCUUGGCAAGCUUCAAAUAGACUUGAAUCAGCUGGAUCUCACAACAGGAGUAACACAGUGGUAUGACUUGUUGGAUGAGACCAACUGAUUGGGACUACCCAUGUUGACUUAAUGAUGUAUUCACACUCUAAAGAGAAGGUUCUCUUCGUUUAACAAAAUUUCAUGGAAGUUUACUUACCCUGAGACUACCAGACCACGGACCAGAGUGUCCUGAGUGUGAUUAUGUCAGGACCAUGAUUGCAUCAUGUAAUUGCUGUGCAACUCGCUUUGGCCCAAAAUAUAGCCUGCUUGAUUUCCAUCAUAUACAAUUUGGGCACAUAUAGCCCAAGUGGGCACUGCCUUGAGCAAACAUAAAAAAAAGUUGGAGAUAUAUAUUUUUAAGUAUUUAAAGGGUUAGUUCACCCAAAAAAACAAAAAAACAAAAAUUAUUUGUCAUAAUUUACUCAACCUCAUGCUGUUCCCAACCCAUAUGACUUUCUUUCUUCUGUGAAACACAAAAGGUGAUGUUAGGCAGAAUGUCAGCAUCAGUCACCAUUAACUUUAAUUUUAUGAAAAAAAUGAAAGUGAAUGGUGACUGAUGCUGACACUCAGCCGAACAUCAUCUAGUGUUCCACAAAAAAAUAAAUAAAAAGGAAAGACAUAAGGGUGAUUCAGUUAUGACAGAAUUUUCAUUUUUGAGUGAUCUAUCCUAUUCCAAUCUAUUUUAAGUUAAGUAAGCAGCUUUUUUUCUGCAGUGUUUGUUUCUUACAAAUGUUACUUUGUGGGCCAUUGAGAAUGUUUACCAUUGGGAAGUUCAGUUCAGCUUAGGUUUUUCAGUGUUAAUUCAUGCUAAUUGUAUUACAUUUCAACACAAAAAAGUUCUUGAAUGGCUUCAUUCCUGAUUCGGUCCGGUUGUGCAUUUCAAAAUGCACAAAAACAUAUUAGUAUUCUGUACUUUUCAUUUUCACUAGAUGAAAGGAACUAUUUUCACUGUUUUCUCUUUGGAAUCUAAGAAAUAACAAGACGUUUGUUUACUGUCGUUAUUGUUGGAACACCUCUAUCUUUGUAUGUUUUUGCAGUGCAAGAGGACAAUUGAUUUGACACAUAUCAAAAAGGCUUCAAUCACUCUGCAAUGUUUUUCCCCUCCCAAAGAUUAAAACAUGUAAAUGUAUGAACCAAAAGGCAGCAUGAAUAUUUUUAAGGGCAAACUCUCUGUGUAUUAUCUGCCCAAAGAUGUUACAAAAAGUGCUUGAUUUGAGUUUGUUUUUUGCUAUCAGAGUUUUUACUAUCUGAGAAAAAAAAAGAGGGCGAGAGGAACAGACAUGAUAUAAAGACAGUGAAUGGCAGUGCUUCUGCACCCCAUCACUGCAGAUCUUGAAUUGCAGUUUUAAUAAAUAUGCCAUUUGCACUUUAAA